CCCACAACCAGUCUGGUUCUGCUGCCUCUCCUUCCCCCGCAGGUUCCCGCAAACAGGAAGCCGCUGACUGGAACAGAUGCCAUCCUGAUUGACUUCUAAAGAACUCGGUUACAGAAGAAUAAGCCCAGAAGAGGAAAGAAAAGGAUUCAGAAAUGGCUCUUACUCAGGUAUCUCUUCUAUAUGUGUGAUAAAUGAAUUGCCACCUGAAGAGGAUGGUAGUAUAGAAGAAAUAUCCCCCACCAUGAUGUUGGAAAGGAAUGAAAACCAUGACAUUGAAGGCUUUUGCUUUAGGGAAAUCCAGAAGAAUAUUCAUAAGUUUAAGUGUCAGUGGAGAGAUGAUGAAAGACAUUGCAGUGGAGUCCGUAUGACCCGUCAAGGAAAUCUCACUGGAAAAAGAGAUCAACAUGAUUGGAGGGGUUCAGAAAACAAGCUUCUUAAUAAUCAGGUGGGAUUGAACACCCAAUCACAUCUAUCAGAACUGCAGCUAUUUAAGAUUAAAGAGAAAAUUUACGAAUGUCAUCCCAUGGAGCCAUCUGUCAACAGUGAUUUCUUGGUUUCCCCAUCCCACAGAAUUCCUUCUACUAUGAAACCCUACCUUUCUCAUGAACAUGAGUAUGAACUUAUGGAUUUAUUCCCACAAAGAAAGAAACCACAGAUAGUGACAGAACAUCACAAAUGUACGGCGUGGGAGAAGUCCUUUAAUGAAGGGUUGCAUAUCAAUAUUGAUCAAAUAAUGCAUGAGGAAGAGAAUCGAUUUAAAUGUGAUAUAUAUGCCAAGGUGUUCAACAAAAAAUCAAGCCUUGGAAGUCAUCAAAGAUUCCACACUGUAAAGAAAACUUACAAGUGUAAUGAAUGUGGCAAGGUCUUCAAUUACAUUUCACGGCUUGCACGGCAUCAGAAAAUCCACACUGGAGAGAAACCUUACAAAUGUAAUGAAUGUGGAAAGGUAUUCCGUGAAAGUUCAGCCCUUGCACAGCAUCAAAGAAUUCACACAGGUAAGAAACCUUACAAAUGUAAUGAAUGUGGAAAGCUAUUCCGCACAAGUUCAAUCCUUGGACGACAUUGGAGAAUUCACACUGGAGAGAAACCUUACAAAUGUAAAGAGUGUGGAAAGGUAUUCCGUGACUGUACGGGACUUGCACGACAUGCCAGAAUUCACACUGGAGAAAAACAUUACAAAUGUAACAAAUGUGGCAACAUGUUCAGUCAGAAGUCAUCCCUAGCACAUCACUGGAGGAUUCAUACUGGAGAGAAACCUUACAAAUGUAAUGAAUGUGGAAAGGUAUUUAAUCGUAGUUCACACCUUGCAAAACAUCAGAGAAUUCACACUGGAGAAAAACCUUACAAAUGUAAUGAAUGUGGCAAAAUGUUCAGUAGCAAGUCAUCCCUAGGAAAGCACUGGAGAAUUCAUGGUGAGAGAAAUCUUGCAAAUGUUAUGAAUGUGGAAAGGUCUUCAGUCGCAAUUCACGCCUUGCAUGACAUCUAAUAUAUUCAUACUGGUGAGAAACAUUAUAAAUGAAUAUGGCAGGGUGUUCAGGCAGAAUUCACCUUGCAAAUCAUUAGAGAAUUCAUACUGGAGAGAAACCUUACAGGAAUGAUGAAUAUGGCAAGAUCUUCAGUCAAAAUUCAUAUCUUAUGUAUAAUCGGAGAAUUCUUACUGGAGAGAAACCUUAUAAAUGUAAUGAAUGUGGAAAGGUUUUCAGUCCAAACUCAUGCUUAGCACAUCAUCAUUGGAGAGUUCCUACUACAAAGAAACCUUACACAUGUAACUCGAGUCUGGCCGUUAACUUUAGUGUUCUCCAUGACUAGAGAAACCUUUCAAAUAUAGUAGAUAAAACAUGCAUGGCAAGGUUUUCAGUGACAAUUCCUACCUUGAACAUCAUCAGAGAUUUCAUUCUGGAGAAACAACUUGUUAAUAGGACAAUGUGAUUAACGUAGAAAGGCAUUUUCUCAGAAUUAAAGCUUUGGAGUGCAUUAAGUAAUUCACACUAGAAGGAAGCUUUCCAAUUGUGAGGAAUGCAGCAAAGUCUUUAGUUGUCAUAUAAAGAUAAACCAUCAGUUAAUCCAUGGAAGAGGGCAACCUUUCAAAUGUAUUCAAUGGCAGACAUUAGGUAUAAUUGUGACAUGAGUUUUUUGAACAUUCAUUUGGGUUUUUUGUUUGUUUGUUUGUUUUUAAGAUAGAAAGUAUGUCACUAUGUCGCCCUCAGUACAGUGCUGUGGCCUCACUGCUCAAGCAACAUCAAACUCUUGGGCUUAAGCAAUUCUCUUGCCUCAGCCUCCCAAGUAGCUGGGACUACAGGUGCCCCGCUAUUUUUUUGUUGUUGUUGUUAUCAUUGUUGUUCAGCAGGCCAGGGCCAAGUUCAAACCUGCCUGCCCCGGUGUAUGUAGCCGGCGCCCUAACCACUAAGGUACAGGUGCCGUGCCUUUUUGAACAUUAGCACAGAAAGUUGUUUAGGGUACAUUCACUUCUCAAACACAUGAGGUAACCGAAACAGGAGAGAUACAAUUGAAAUCUCAUGUAUGUGGCAAGGUCUUCUGCUACAGUUGACACUAAGCUUUGACAUCAUGAGAGAAUUCCUACUUGAAUGAAACCUUACAAGUACCAUGAGGGUUUUAAGCCCUUCCUUAUGAGUUCAAGUAUGAAUUGACACAGGAAGUUCAUAGUAAAGGGUAUUCAUGUAAUUGUAUGUAGCAGAGAUAUUAUCCUGGCCUCAAACAUACUGAGUCUAAAGAAAUUUAUCUUUGGUGAAACCAUGCAAAUAUAUGGUUUGUGCUUAGGCUUUUGAAAGGUGUUGAACAUCAGAGUGAUCAUAUCGGAGAGCAGCUACACAAACAUAGUGAAUGCAUCAAGCCCUUUAGUCAUGAGAGGUUCAUACUGGAUAGAAAGCAAGACAAAUGUAGUGAACACAGAAAAUUUGCUAAUGUAAUGUGCAUCCUUAGGAUUCAUUAAAGAACUUAUACUCAAGAAAACAAAUGCAGUGAUACUGUAAACUAAACAAUUCUCACAAUUUACAUUCCACAUUGGAGAGGUGAUACAAAGAAUAAAGAAGUAUAACUCCAGGAUUAACUUGGGUGUAUACUGCUAUUAUAAUAAUCACAAGUUGAAAUAUGUUAAGAAUUAUGACAGGCUGCACUGGGGGUUCAUGCCUAUAACCCUUGCACUCUGGGAGGCUGAGACCAGUGGAUUGCUUGAGCUCAGGACUUCCACACUAGUUUGAGCAUGAGAGAGUCCACCUCUAAAAAUAGCUUGGUGUUGUGGCGGGUGCCUGCCAUCCCAAAGUGUGGAGUCAGAGUCACAUUACCAUGGGUGAGUCUUUCGUUGUGUACAUUAAGUCUGGGAUCACAGUCCAACAGCUCUCCCAUAUCCAAUGACCCCGGUUACCUAUAGUCCUUAAAAUCUCCCGCAUACUCCCUUCACCGUACCUGACUUCCCAGAAUCAUGUACCCUUUUGUUGAAGUGACUCAGUGAUUGGUCUCUGCCCCGUCUGUGCCAUGUACCCACUUCCUGGUGCGCUAUUUACUUGAUUUAAACCCUUGACUGACUUCUUAGCCUCCUUGCCAUGUACAGUCCUUACCUGCUAAGUGGAUUCAGGAGUGUGAAUUCAGGACUUUUGUACCCCCAGGCUAUGGGAUUGUCAGCCCUGGAGGGCAGCACCACAUCCCAAGUCAGGGAGAGCAGGUUCUGAGACUCCUCUGACCCCACCCGCUCAUAAACCCACCAAUACCUUGUCCUGCUGGGCCUUUCUGCUACCCAGGUUUCCCCCUCACUACCACCACAUCACCUGACCUGGCACAAUGUGGGCAGGGAUGUCACUUGGACAUGCACUUUGACACUUGUUCUUCCUUCCCAAAUGCUACCUGGCUGGAAAAUAUGCUUCCCCAGAGGCUGCCAUCUUAUCCCAUCUCUGUCCCUGUGCAUGUGUGUCUAAGAGUGAGUAAAUAGAAACAUUGAAAGAAUAGAAAAAUGAGGGAGACCCAAAACAGAGGUCAGAGAAUGGGGAGGGAUUUACAAAGUUACCAUAGGAGUGAAAGAAGUUGAAGACGUAGAAGAAAGUAACUAGAGAAAUACACAGAAGAGCUCCACGUCCAAGGAGGUGAAGGGCAGUGAAAUAGGGAGCUGGGCAACAAAGGGGAGGCUCCUCAGACUGACAGAGAGAGGAGGAAGGAUUUAGUGCCAGGGCAGAUAGAGCAGCCUGGUGAGAGUAGAGGGGGCACCUGGUGACUAGAAGAGUAGAGGGGGAACCACAGCAAGGAGGAAGCCUACACAUGGUGGGGGAAGGGCCAGAGAGUGGGGAAGGUGGUGUCAGGAGGGAGAGGGAAUUUCACAGGGAAGGGGGGAAGCAGAGACAGGGAAGAAAUGGGUAGAAAUACAUGACAUCGAGGACAAUGCAGACAUUGGAGAGAAAGAGCCCCAGCAGGUGAAACAAGUUUCCGGAAUGGAGCAAAUCUGAUGUAGGAGAAGGAAUUGAGAAAAGAGGAAAAAGCAAGAGAGGAGGGGACACAAAAUGAGCAGAAGCCCCAUGGGAAACAUGGAAAAGAGAACAAGAGAGAGAAGGUGAGAGUACAAGGUGGAUGAGGGCAGAGACCCAAGGAAAGUGAAGACAGGGAGCCCUGAACCCAGAUGGGUGUCCAGUUGAUUGGAGAUGGAUGAUUACAUUAUGAUAUUGUCUUCUGCCUCUGUAAUUUAACAAAAUUUGAAAUUUGUUUAUAUCAUAUAGAUAAGAAUGAAAAUUGCAAAACUUUUGUCUGUAUUGCUGAUGCAUUUUAU